AUGCCCCAGCAGCAGGCCCAGGCGGACGAGGAGGACGAGGGGGCCGAGGUGGAGGAGGUCGUGGUCGAGGGGGAGGACGAGGGGGGCCCAUGGGAAGACCCAAACAUACCACCCUUGUACAGGCCACCCAGCAGAGAUGCCUGGGACGGGCGCUACCCAGCCGACGACGUACGGACCAUCUUUGCGAGGCAGGCGGCGGGCCGGGUCGGGUAUCAAGUCUUCUCGGGCAGCAUGGGGUCGCGGAGGAGGCGGAGGAUGGACGAGGCGCAGGCCGCGGCGCAGGUGGUGGCAGACGCGCUCUCCCGGCGGGGGAUCGUGGUUCGUCUGGUCAAGAUGCUGGGCGUCGGCGGCAACGGCAUCGCUAGCCUGCUCGAGGUGUGGCCUGGCGGGGAGGGAGGGCCCAGCAAGAAGGUUGUUGUCAAGUCGCUGCUGCGGAGUGGAAGGAGCAUGGCUCGCGAGUGGACUUUUAAUGCGGCACUCAAGCGAGCACGGCAUAUCAUCCAGCUGCUCGGCUGGGGCCAGGAGAUCAUGCCCACCGACGGCUGCGACGCCGAUGCGGUGUUCAACCAGUGGCUGCCCGUCGACAACGACACCUCCAUGUUGACGCUCGAGUUCAUGCGCCACGGGGACAUGCACGGCCUCAUCAGGAAGCUGGCCAGAUCCAACGACAGGGUGCCGAACAAGGUCCUGUGGCGUAUCUUUUUCUGCCUCGUCAGGGGUUGUAUAGCGAUGUACGAACCACCGAGAAUCAGGAGAAGCCCGGACGGGGCAGAGCUGCCUGAGGAGCAAUGGAGAUCCAUUUGGGGUCCCGACAUCAAUGAGGUAUUGCCCGCCCAGACUCCCGGAAACCCCGACCCGGCUGGCUGGGAUUUCAUACACUUUGACUUGGAUCCUCAGAACGUCUUGAUUGGGGAAAAUGACGACAAUGAGCACAAUGUGGCACCGAUAUUCAAAAUCAGCGACUUGGGUCUGGGCAAGCUCAGCAGUAGUGUGGAUUUCCAAACACCUGAAGGAGCAUGGGCAUGGCGGCAAAUGGGCAAGAUCACGAUGCUACUACCGGAGCAAUACCACAAAGAAUGGGACUACAUCGACAAGUUCCCACUCCUAGAGCCUAACCCUCCAAGGGUAGCAGGCAAGUAUGGGCCAUGGAGCAAUAUCUUCCAGGCAGCUCUCUCCAUGCAGAACCUCAUAACGAAGCACACAACACCCUACCCACCCGCGGCCAUCGGCCCGCUCAACUCCCCGGACGGCGCGCACCUCUUCGCCGGGCCCGCCGUGAUCCGCGACUCGGCCGGCCGCGCCGUGCCGCCCUUCCACACGCACGGCUACACCCUCGCCGCGGAGCCCGACCUCGACCGAGGCCUCAUGCACCUGCUGCUCCGCUGCCUCGCCGACCUGCCCGAGGACCGGCCCUCGCUGUGGGAACUGCAGUGGCUCAUGGGCACCAUGGAGGCUGCGCCCGACUGGGCUAUUGGGCAGGAUGAUCCUGAGGGGCCUCCCGCGAACGCGGAACAGGUAUCCGCGUCCAUCGCGUCCAACCCGGCAUCGCAGCAGAUCGAGGUGCCGCAUAGCGAUAGAGUCCCGCCCAGGACUGAUGGCGGUGGUGGACAUGACGAUGCGGAUGGAGAUGACGACGACAACGAUGCGGAUAGAGGUGGUAACCAGCCCCGAAUUAGUGGCCGGGACAGAGGCGAUGAUCAUGGUCCGGGUGAUGGCGAUAGUGACAGUGUCAUACCUGAUAGUGCUAGUGGCGGGGUGCCUCUUUGGACGGGCUCCUUGGGCACGCCGCAGGGCUGA